UUGCACGAAGCCGUCAGUGCUUCAUCUUCCGCCCGAUAGGUCAGAGUGUCGUUUGCUUCAUGUUUGCUCUAGCCUGAGAGACGUCAUUCACUAAUAGUGCCGGACGAACGUUCUAUCGACAGAUUGUUUCGAGUCAUUUCAGGAGUCAUGGCCUUCUCUUGCGAAGGACGAGACCCUCUGGAGCAUACCAGUCUUUAUCAGCGCGCGGAAAGCGAGGAUAGCGAUGCCGAGGGUGGUCUAGGUAACGUGAACAAGAUGGUGAUGCGACCACCUGAUCAUAGCGGAAAAGCUAAGAAGGGACACAUCUGUUUCGACGCCACCUUCGAGAGCGGUAAUCUCGGUAGAGUGGACUUGAUCUCCGAAUUCGAGUACGAUCUUUUCAUCAGACCUGACACCUGCGGACCCAAGUUACGUCUAUGGUUCAAUUUCACCGUAGACAAUGUGAAGGCGGAUCAACGAGUGAUCUUCAAUAUUGUGAAUAUCUCGAAGAGCGCGAAUCUCUUUCGACAAGGAAUGACGCCGUUAAUGAAGAGCAGUAGUAAACCGAAAUGGCAAAGGAUACCGCGAGAACAGGUAUUCUAUUACAAAUCUGCGCAGCAUCAGAAUCACUACGUAUUAAGUUUCGCUUUCGCGUUCGAUCGCGAAGAUGACAUCUACCAGUUCGCUCUAACAUACCCGUAUUCGUACAGUCGUUAUUUGGGGCAUCUCGACAACCUAUGCAGCAGAUUGUUAUAUACAAAGAGAGAAACGUUGGCCGAAUCAAUCCAAAAGAGGAAUGUAGAACUCGUGACUAUAACCUCCGACCUCGAAGAUACGGAACGACCUAGAAAGGUGGUCGUCGUUCUCGCCAGAGUUCAUCCUGGCGAAUCGCCGUCCUCUUUCGUGUGUCAGGGAUUGAUGGAUUUUUUGGUCAGCGCGCAUCCCAUCGCCCAGAUUCUAAGAGAGUAUGUGAUAUUCAAGAUAGUGCCGAUGCUGAAUCCCGAUGGCGUCUUUCUCGGAAAUUACAGGUCUACCGUGAUGGGAUUAGAUCUGAAUCGAUCCUGGAAUCACAUCUCCGAGUGGAUUCAUCCUACUCUACUCGCGACUAGAUCGAUGCUAAAGUCUCUCGAUAAGAAUUCGCACACACCAUUAGAUUGCGUGUUAGAUCUGCACGCGCAUACUAAUGCCACGGGUGUCUUUGUCUAUGGAAAUACGUACGAGGAUGUCUACAGGUACGAGAGACAUAUCGUCUUGCCGAAAUUACUAGCUCAACACGCUGAGGACUACGAACUAGGCAACACCAUGUACAAUCAAGAUCACAAUAAAGCUGGAACCGCUCGACGUUAUUUGUGCUCUAUUUUGAAGGAGCACGUUAACUGUUACAGCAUAGAGGUUUCCAUGUACGGUUACAAUAAAAAAGGGAUACCCGGUAUAAUGCCCUACACGGAAGAAGGAUAUUACAGGCUCGGUCGCAAUUUGGCUCGCGUUUUUCUGGAAUAUUACAAGCUUACUGGACUUAUCCCGUCAGGGCUUCCCGAUCAGCCGUCGAAUAGGCGAACGCGUCAAUCUCGGCAGAGACAUCGAUUUCCAAGAGAGCCUAGACCGAAAACAGUGAGGACUCCAGCGACUUUGCAUCUCGCCAGCAUUUAUGAGUAUUUUCGGGAGGAAGCUGAGCCGCUCCCGAGCUCUCGUUACCGAUCGAUGAGCGGUACGCGGAUGGGACAGCAGUCCGGAACUGGAAUCGCGAAUGAAACUGGAACGGGCGUCGGCGGCGGGUGCAGGGACCGGAGCUACAGGUUCCGGAGCCCCGGGGCACCGCUCGACAAGGUGCAGGCCCUGAUGGGGCGGCCCGCCGCCGAGCCGCGACUCACCAUUAUCGAUUUCAAUCAGCUGACGCGGGGUGGUUUGGAGCUCGCAGCCACCAAGAACAGAUCGACGGUUCCACGCAAAAGCGUCAAGUCCCGCAGAUAACGAUCGUCUCGCCUCGGACUUGGUCGUUUGUAAGAAGAAAUCUCCGCGACCUGGCGAACUGCGAAUUUAAAGUCCUCCGGCGAUUCGAAUACGCUGCUUUUAUUUUCUAGAGGCCGGAGUGAGACUUGGAAAUUUGCAUCUUAUAUCUUAAUAAUGACAAUAUAUAAAUAUAUAUUGGUUUAUAUAGGGUAUAAACGGAGAUGAACUAUUGCAUCGAGAUUCAUGUUACUUUUUGCGACGAAAACAGAAGCAGGCUAUUUAUACGAGAAGAGAAAUACAUCUCGGAAACUAUUUAUUUGUCAUUAUUAUUAUUAUCAAUUAUUUUCGUUUUCGAUUAUCAACAGUUUUCGUUUUUUUAUAAAUAAACCGAAUAAUUUCGGUCUAACAAAAUUUAAAUAAAACAUUAACGUAGUAUAUAUGUAUUUCUCAUAAUAUGCAUAAUUCUU